CAGUCAAUCAGUCAAAAUGGCGUCGGCUUGCAAGAUAGCUGGGAUCACCAUAGGGGCACUAUUGGUGGUUGGUCUGGUGGUGGGAAGUCUGACCUGGGCGAUCCUAGCCAGCAGAGAAGACCCACCUCAGCCACCAGAAAUCAUAGACCUGGACUGGUGGGAGUACACAGUACUCUACCAAAUCUACCCAAGGUCUUUCAAAGAUAGUGACGGUGAUGGCAUAGGUGACUUGAAAGGGAUCACAAGUGAACUGGAGCACUUUGUGGAUUGUGGUGCUGGAGCAAUCUGGCUCUCUCCGAUCUUCAAAUCCCCCAUGGUGGACUUUGGCUAUGACGUCAGUGACUUCUACAAUAUCCAAGACGAAUACGGCACCAUGGAAGACUUUGAGGAAAUGAUUGCCAAAGCACAUUCGCUAGGUAUAAAAGUCCUUCUUGACUACGUACCAAACCACUCCAGCGAUCAGGCUGAAUACUUCAUUAAAUCGGAAAGAAGAGAGGAUGGCUACGACGAUUGGUAUAUUUGGGCUGACGGUAUACAAGAUCCCAACAACUCUUCCAAUACACUGGUGCCUUCAAACUGGAUAAGUCAAUUCGGUGGUACAGUAUGGCAAUGGAGCGACAUCCGUCAGCAAUAUUAUCUCCACCAGUUCGCUAUUGAACAGCCUGACUUCAACUUCAGAAAUCCAGCAGUUCGUCAAGAGAUGCUUAACAUUCUGGACUUCUGGUUUAAGAAGGGCGUCGAUGGCUUCAGAUUGGAUGCCAUUCCCCAUCUUAUGGAAGCCGAACCUGACGCCUCAGGGCGUUACCCUGAUGAACCCUUGAGUGGGAAUUUAUGGCUGACUCCUGACCAGCCCGGUUACACGACUCAAAUUCACGUCAGAGAUCUGAUUGAGCUGUAUGAUGUCGUAUACGAGUGGAGAACGUUCUCUGAUCAAUGGCAGAGAGAAAACGGUGGAGAUACAAAGGCUCUUCUGGCAGAAGCGUACGCUAACAUCACAAUGACGAUGUUGUACUAUGGUGACGAGCGCGGAAGGCUCGGAGCCCACUUCCCCUUCAACUUCGACUUCAUCACCAGCCUCUGGGGCGGUUCCAAUGCUCGAGACUUCGCCUUCAUCAUCCAAAGAUGGCUGACUUAUAUGCCUCGUGGAAAAACCGCUAACUGGGUGUUCGGAAACCAUGACAACAACAGAAUGCCGUCCCGCUUCCGUGACAACAUGGUGGAUGGUCUGAAUUCCUUGAACAUGCUGCUACCAGGAGUGGCGGUCACCUACCAGGGUGAGGAGAUCGGCAUGAGGGACGGGUUCGUCUCCUGGGAAGACACCGUUGAUGUCAAUGCUAUCAAUCAGGGAAAUGAAGAUAAUUAUCUGGAAUUCUCCAGAGACCCGUGCAGGACCCCGUAUCAUUGGAACAACUCAACCAAUGCUGGGUUCUCUACCGGUGCAAGGACCUGGUUGCCAAUGGCUCAAGAUUACAUGGAGAUUAAUCUGCAGAAGCAGAAGGAUGAUGCGAGGAGCCAUUAUAAGGUUUACCAGUCAAUAACCAAACUGAGGAAUGAACCAACCCUCUCACAUGGCGACUAUAGAGUCCAGGCUUUGACAGAGAACACAUUGGUUCUGGCCAGAACCCUGGCUACUUACGACACGUAUGCCUUGGUCUUCAAUGUGGGGACGGUUGCUGAUACUAUUGACUUGUCGACCGUCCACAACUUGAAUGAACCCUUGGAGGUAUAUACCUCAAGUGUGCACUCUACUAGAGUUGCCGGGACCUCGAUACCCCUGGGCAGUAUAACUUUACAAUCGGGAGAGGCACUAGUACUAAAGGCUCCACCUACAUAAGUUAAUAGGGCUUAAUUAAUAGUUUAAAGCGACUUGUGGCUCUGCUCACCUCAAUAUGACAACGAGCGUGGGUUUUGUCGGUGUACUAAAUUAUUUAGGUCUUUUGUCUAUUGAAUUUGUCUAUUGUCUAUUGAAUGUUAUAUUUUGAUGAAUGAAUGAGAAUUUUCCAUAGUA